GUCACGUGGAUGCGAGUCCGUGAUCUCCACAUCCUGACGGUCGGACUCGUCACCUAUUCCGCCGACGAAAGGUUCCAGGUCCUACACAGCGGUGAGACAGACGACUGGACUCUGCAGGUGCAAUUCAGUCAACCACGUGACUCGGGUGCCUACAAGUGCCAGGUCAACUCCGACCCGAAGAUAGUCCGGAAUGUUUAACCUCAGUGUCACAGACAAACGUCUUCUUGAUGGACAGGUCUAUAAGAUGCCUCCUUCACAUGCCAAAAAAGGAGGCUACGGCACCUACAUCAUCGGAGGCGCCGAGAGGUUCCUGCAGGCGGGGUCGUCUCUGUCGCUCGUGUGCGUCGUCACCCACACCCUCGCCCCCCCCACGGCCGUGCUCUGGUACAGGGACGACACCGAACUCGAUUACGACUCCCCGAGGGGCGGCAUCUCGCUGCAGGUGGAGAAAACAGGAGACCGAACCACGUCACGUUUACUCUUGUCGACUGUCAGGAAUACAGACUCGGGAAACUACACCUGUGUCCCUGUGAACGCUCCAAGAGCCUCGGUGUAUGUGCACGUCAACACAGCAGACGAGCUGAGAGCGGCGGUCCAGCAGGGAGGGGUGAGUCACGGCAGCGGCGGCGGAGGGGGUCGGGGGUCGCUGCUCCUGCUGAUGACCUGCUUCUGCGUGGCGGGGGCCCAGCGUGGCAUCCCGCUGUCCUAGCACUUCCGUGCCAAGUGUCUUCAAGACCGAAGUGUAGAUCAAGAUGAAUCAUCCCUUCAGAGACAAGAUAUACCUCAUCUUUGAACCAAGAAUCAAGCGGAUAGAAAGUGAUCAAUCCCCCCCCCCUCCCCCAAUACAUUCCCGUUUUCUGUCGUUACUUAAGAUCAUGAUUCUCGUUUUCUUUGAGUUGUUAGAUGAAUAAAAAAAAAAAAAAAAAAAAAAAUCGUUAUGUAUGAUUUGCAUUUACACAAAGAGCUUUAAAUAUAUGUAUGUUGGUGUGUGUGUGUAUUUUCAGCGUAUCGUCAAAUUUAUAUUGGAUUCUUUUCUCAAAGGUAUUAACAGGAAAAAAGUAUAUGUAUGAGGAACAGAAAAGUUACAAACAAACCAAGGUAAAGAAAUGUAUUAUGUUACAUUAUCAUCUCAUAGACCA